AUGGGUCGAACUAAACGUAAAAGAAAGUCAAAAAAGCAACCAGAGUAUUGUCCGUGUAAUAAUAAUGAAGAAUUAAUUUUACUGAACUCUUGGUUAAUCAAACAUGGUGUUCGACGUAAUAAAAAUUUGGGAUUAGCAGUCUUUAAAAACACGGGACGCGGAGUGCUCACUAAAAAGAAGAUUUGUGCCGGAGAUGAACUUGUUAACCUUCCUUUAAAUUUAACUAUAAAUGUAACAACUUUGUUACUAGAUACACUAUUUUGUAGUAUAUUUAUAGAGAACAAAAAGCAAUGUCUAAUACAGUAUAAGCAGGCAGUAUCAUUCCAGUCAUUAAUGGCAUUUUACUUAGUAUACCUAAAGAUGCAAGGUACAAAGUCAAAGUGGUAUGUUUAUUUAGAAAGCUUGCCAAAAUAUUACACAGUUCCUUAUUUUUUACCAGAUGAAUUACAUUGUUAUAUUGAUGCAGAAAUAAUGUCUGUAGUAUCAAAGCAAAAGGAUAUUAUAAAGAAUUCAUUUAAUAUUUUUGAUGAAAUUUUGAAAAUGAACAUAAGCAAUAGUUCCUUACUAGUCAAUUUUAAAGAGUAUUUUAAUAAGUCUGUAUAUGAAUGGGCCUAUUUUACAGUUAAUACAAGAUGUGUAUUUAUGGACUUAACUAAAGUAAUCGAUUUUCAAGAUGUACAAAGUUCAAUUAUAGCAUUGAUUAGUGAUAAUACAAAAAUAUCUCUUUGUCCCUAUUUGGAUAUGAUAAAUCACAGUCCUUUUGCUAAAAAUGAAACUAAGUUAAUAGUAAGUAAGAAUAUCACAUAUGUACCAGUAAGUGAAUUACAAGAGAAAACUUUUAGCAAUGUACAGUUCUCCAUUUUUACAAAAAAUGAUUUUAAACCACAUUCACAGGUUUUUAUUUGCUAUGGAGAUAGCCAUAACUUAAAAUUGAUCACUGAGUAUGGUUUCUACUUACCUAGUAAUGAAAUGGAUUGUGUGAAUUUUAAUUUUGAACAUGUUAAAACAUACUUAAAGUCUAAUGCAAUUCAAUUUUCACAGGAUCAGUUAUCAUUUAUACAUAACCAUAAUUUAAAUAAGGAUCUAUAUAUUGAUUUAAGAGGCCUAAGUUUCAAUUUUUAUGGAUUAUUAAUGGUUGCUAAGUAUUAUUAUAAAGAAAAUGCUGAUGUUAGUAGGCUAAUUUAUUCCGCAGCUAUCUGUUCUGAUGAUAGACUACUUAUUGAUUUAAUAAUUCCUAUGGUAAAAGAAAAGCUGGUUAACUUAAAACUUUCUGUCAAUAAAUUAAAGACUUUAUGUGAAGAUUGCAUUAUUUUGAGCAACUGUGUAGAGUUGAUGUGUCAAUAUGUUACUAUAUUAGAGAAGUUUAUUAAAUGUUGA